AUGGAUAAUAUAUUAUUUUCAAUAUUAUUUAAUAAUAAAGUUAUUAAAAAUUUAAUAUUCAUCAAAGUAAAUCAAUUAAAUUGUAGAUUUGAAAGGAAGUCUUACAAGUGGUGUGAAGUUUUGAAACUUCCAAAUCUGUUGGCAAGAUAUGACUAUUUCGAUUUGUUAAAAAGCUAUCUAAUGGAUAAGAGUAAUCCAAUACCGACAAACAGUCAAGAGAUAUUUGGUGAUAUCGACUCGAUAGUGGCGUGUGCAAUCAAAGGUGGAAGCUUUGACAUGUUUCAAUACCUUUUGGCUUACUUUCAGAUCGAUCGAAGACUCCAAGUUACAUCUGAGAAAAUCAUUAUCAGUCAUCUCUCUGCACAUGCAGCGAGGUACAAUCGGCUCGAUAUCAUUCACUACGUGAUCGACAGAUUCGGUCUAAUGUAUUUCGAUUUUCACCGGGCACUCACCGAAGCACCGUAUUCAGGCAAUUUGGAGCUAUUGAAAUUCCUGACAAUCAAAAUGAAAGAUCAAUCGGAGAGUUCACCGACAUCUUUCUAUCAUACCUAUGCGUUCGAGACUGCUGCCAGAGUCGGUCGUAUCAACAUGAUCGAAUGGCUGAUGGCAAAUCGAUUGGAGGAUUUGCAGCACUCUGACUUGUUGGAGUUUGCGCUACUUCACAACAAGAGUGGAAACCACUUGGCAUUGUUGGAAUACCUCUUUAAAGAACACCGACAACUCUUUAAUUUUGAAAACUCUGCAUACUCUGUGUAUAGUACAAAUCAUAGUCCUGAAACUUUUCAACUGUUGGUUAAAAAUGGAAUGAAAAUUACCAAGAGAAUAAUGGAAUAUACAGUUGAUACAAACAAUUUAGAUUUACUGAAAUGGCUGCAUUCCAAUACAACCUAUCAAUGUUCACAAUCAUCAAUGAACAGAGCAGCUAAAGCCGGUAACUUGGAAAUGGUUAGGUGGUUGAAUGAAAAUAGAACUGAAGGAUGUUCAAGUAAAGCUAUGGAUGAAGCUUCAGUAAAUGGCCACCUCCAUGUUGUUAAAUGGUUGCAUUAUAAUAGAAGUGAAGGUUGCACAACUAGAGCUAUGGACUUUUGUUGUAAUGAAAUCGAAUACGAUUCUAUCUUUGAUAAGGUAGAAGAUGGAACUACACUCAAGAUCAUUCAGUUUUUGCACGAGAAUAGAAGUGAAGGAUGUACUGAUCAGGCAUACGAGAACGCUGGAAUCGAUGGUAAAUUGGAAGUGGUGAAAUUCCUAUACACCAAUCGUACCGAACGCUAUUCAGAUAUAUUUUUCGAUACCAUUGCAACGUGUGGACAUGUUGAGAUGCUUGAAUGGUUCGAACAACAACCCGGUAUAGAGAUAACACUCAGCGAUGAUAUACUGCAUGUGAUCAUAGAACCAGGCAAAAAAAAGUUGGAAACCGUCAAAUACUUGUACUCAAAGAAUGGUGUGAACAACCGAUUUGGAUUCUCAAGAGAAAUAAUGGAUCUGGCCAUUGAGAAUGAGUGUCUUGGCAUAAUGAAAUGGUUUCACGUGACAUUGCCAGAGCUAUGCACAAACAAUAAGUUGAAAUCAUCCUAUUCAAAGUUGAAAGUCCUCCGAUGGCUACUCGAACAUCCAACACAAUACAAUAUCAAAUCUAUUGAUGUCAAAACAGUUAUUUCGAGAUUCAUAAACGAAGAUCAAUUCGAAUCGUUAGAAUGGCAUCCAUUCGGUUUGGAAGUGAUUCAUAUAAAUGGUCAAUUAAUUGUAGGUCAAUAUCCUCCCAUAUCUCACAGAUCACCUCCAUCAUAUCCGCGCCAGGGUGACUGUACAUCCUGUUCCGACUGGUGUCACACAACUCCAAAAAUUAAACUUCCUUCGCAGGUAUCUCCUCAUCCUGUAAACUCUCUCGAAUCUGUUGCAACCAAGUCUGUUCCAUUCAUAUUGAUUACUUAUAUAUUUGAAUACAUCUUACUUUGUACUUAUUCCUAA